AUGACGGAGGUAACGAAGGAAGCGUUAAACGAAGCGAAAAAGAAGCGGAGAUGUGCAAAAUCGAGUGUUACAAGGGCAGGAAAUGGUUUGGAUUAUUUAUUGAAAAAUGAGAGACCUAUACCGGAAGUUGAGGAAUCACUCGCUAAUUUGGAAGAUUUAUACAAGAAAUUGGUUGAAAAACACGACGAAUAUAUUCAGUUGGUGGAUGGCGAUGAAGAAUUUGCAAUUGAGGAAGAAUGGAUUGAAGAUUGUCAACAGAGGUUUAUGCAGAUAAGGAUCAGAACAAAGGAUUAUUUAAAGGUCAAGUCACAAGGUCAGUUUGAAAAUGAAACAAACCCAGAAACAGGUUUAGUGCCCAAUCAAACCGAGACAACUGUUAGUGACAAUGGGCAGCAAGAGCAUGACGGUUUCCCUGGGUCUGGUGAAGGCCCAUCCCACCAAGGUCAAUCCCCAACCCACGAAAGUCAACCCCCAACCCAUGAAGGUCAACCCCCAACCCAUGAAGGUCAACCCCCAUCCCACCAAGGUCAACCCCCAUCCCACCAAGGUCAACCCCCAACCCACCAAGGUCAACCCCUAUCCCACCAAGGUCAACCCCCAUCCCACCAAGGUCAACCCCCAUCUCACCAAGGUCAAACCCCAUCCCACCAAGGUCAACCCCCAACCCACCAAGGUCAACCCCCAUCCCACCAAGGUCAAACACCAUCCCACCAAGGUCAACCCCCAACCCACCAAGGUCAAGAACACAAUAGUUCAAGUGAGGGUGCCCAAAGUAUUUCAAAUGUUCAACCUGUUUGUGGUUUCAAAAUGGAGAAGCCAAAAAUGCCUCGAUUUAGUGGUGAUGUCAGAGAGUACAGUAUUUUUCGAGAUGACUUUAAGCAUGCUAUUGAAUCUAGAUACAGUAAACGAGAUGCAAUGACGUAUCUUCGUGCAUGCUUGCAGGGAAAACCCCUAGAGCUUAUCAAAGGAAUUGGUACAGAUUAUGAUGGUGCAUGGCAAUAUUUAGACUCAAUCUAUGGAGACCCCAGAUAUGUGUCGGACCAAGUAACCCAAGAUCUGUCAAAGUUCCGACCCCUGAAAGAAGGAGAAGAUUCACGCUUUAGUGAUCUGGUGCAUUUAGUAAAGCGUAGUUUCAAUACAAUGAAGGGAGUGGGAAAACCCCAUGAUAUGGAUAACAAUCACAUGUUAUCACUAAUAGAACAGAAAAUGUGUGUGGAAGAUAGAAAGAUUUGGGCUCGUGAGUUGGAAAGGAAUGAAAAGACAGCAAGCUUACAAGGUCUCAUUGCUUGGAUGGAGACGGAAAUGAGGUCGACGAUGCGUGCAACUGCUCCACUGAGAAAUCCGAGUCAGGGUUCGAGAUAUGUCAAUCAGCUAUCUGGAGGAAAACCACCAAAGUGUUGGAUCUGCGACAAUUCAACGCACUGGGUAGACCAAUGUGAAAAAUUUAAGUCCAUGAGUCCAGAGGACCGUUUGAAAACAGUAAGAGAAAACCACGCUUGUUUCAGUUGUCUUAAGAAGGCCGGACGUAAUCACAGAGCAUCAAACUGUAGCAGAAGGAAGCAGUGUACACAGAAAAUAAGUGGCGUUCAAUGUAAAUAUUAUCAUCAUAUUCUUUUGCAUCCUUCAAAUCCUGCAGCAUCAGUGGGUGUAGCAUCGGUAGAAAACAACACGGAAGCAAUGCUGCCAGUUAUAACAGUGAAGAUAUCUGGAAAGAACAAUCGACACAAACAAGGAAACAUUCUACUCGACUCUGGAGCACAAAUAAGUCUGAUUUGCACACGUACAGCAAAGAAUUUGGAUUUAAAGGGAAAGGAUGUUUCGAUAACUAUUAGAAAAGUGGGCGGUGAAGAAGAAGUGUUGGCGACAAAAGUAUAUCAAGUUCCCAUUACGUCAUUGGAGUCUGGUGCGAAGUUCACAGUCAAAGCUGUUGGAAUUCCACAUAUUAGCGAUGACAUUUCAAAUAUCAAUAUUGGUGAAAUGGCAAAAGGAAUUGGAAUCCCUGAAGUUAAAAUUUACCGAGAAUGUGGCCCAAUCGAUAUGCUUAUUGGGAUUGAUCACGCUUAUAUGCAUACUGGAGAUUCAAAGAAAGUCGGUAACGUUGUUGCGAGACAUUCACCUCUUGGUUGGAUUAUUUUUGGAGCGAUACCAGGCUUGCAGCAAACCAGUAGAAUAUUUCAUGUCCAGUAUACAAGACCUGUAGAUCUUACUGACUUUUGGACGAGCGAAGCAAUGGGAGUUAGUCAAUCAAAUAUUGAAAUGCCAAAGUUGAGCAAGAUCGAGCAAGAAAAAACCAAACUAAUCGAGCAAGGAUGCAAGCUAAUUGGAAAUAGAUGGGAAAUGGCAUACCCUUGGAAAACUGACCCCCAAACCCUUACCGACAACCGAGAACAAGCUGUGAAGAAGAUGGAAGCAACUGAAAAACGAUUGAAAGGGAAUCUACAGCAUGCAAAAGCAUAUCAAGAACAAAUGGAGCAGAUGGAAGAUCUCGGGUUUUCACGAAAGCUAACAGAAAAAGAAAUAAAUGAUUACAAAGGUCCCGUUCACUAUAUAGCUCACCAUGAAGUUGUUCGACAUGAUAAGAAGAGCACGCCAGUAAGAAUCGUAUUUAAUUCUUCAGCAAGAUACAAGGGACACUGUCUUAACGAUUGUUGGAUAAAAGGUCCUGACCUUUUGAACAGCAUGUUGGGAGUUAUCCUCAGAUUCAGAGAGCAACCGGUCGCUGUAAGCGGAGAUAUAUCAAAGAUGUAUCACAGAAUUGGAAUACCUGAAGAAGACCAGCAUGUACAUCGGUUUUUGUGGCGAGAUAUGGAUACAACUAGACCACCAGACACUUACGUAAAAACUGUGUUAACCUUUGGUGACAAACCAGCACCGGCAAUGGCACAAAUUGCAUUGAGAAAGACGGCAGACCAAGCAGAAAACGCUCAUCCAUAUGCAGCCGAAGUGUUGAAAAAGAAUACGUACAUGGAUGAUAUUUGUGAUUCCGUACCCAAUGUCGAAUGUGCCCAGCAACUGACGAAAGAUCUGGACGAAAUCUUAGAUAAAGGAGGCUUUAAAGUAAAAGAGUGGUUAUCGAACGAAAUUCUAGAGGAAAAUCUACCGUCUGAAGAAAGAUCAAGUGUUAAGUUUUUGGAAGGUGAAUCGGAAGAAAAGGUUCUAGGUGUUGUCUGGAACAAUAGUAAGGACGCUUUCACGUUUAAAUGUAAAGCUAAUGAGCUAUCUGUACCGUCACAAGAAAAUUCAAGCGAGUUGAAAUUAACGAAGAGAAAGAUCCUUAGUAAAGUGGCUCGUGUAUUUGAUCCAAUUGGAUUCGCAGCGGCGUUCCUGAUCCGUGCCAAAAUCGGUUUACAACGACUCUGGCAGUAAGGAUUAGAUUGGGACGAAGAACUUUCAUCUGAGUUUUCAAAGUGGUGGACUGAGUUUUUUGCAGAAAUCGAGGACUUGAAUAAUGUCUCGUUCCCAAGAAGUUUAACACCACCGGACACUAUUGGACUACCGACACUUUGUAUUUUUGCGGACGCGUCUCGAGAUGCAUUUGGAGCAUGUUCUUAUUUACGCUGGGAAAAGUCAAGUGGUAAUUAUGAAAGUCGAUUUAUAUCUGCUAAGUCGAGAGUUGCCCCUCUUAAAGAAUUGACAAUACCUCGUUUGGAGCUACAGGCAGCAGUUCUAGCUAGUCGAUUGUACAAGACCAUAAUAGAAGAAUGUCGUUUACAGUUCGAGAGAGUUAUUUUUUUUACGGACAGUAUGAUAGUCCUUACAUGGAUCCGUAGUCAGUCAAGAGAAUUCAAACCAUUUGUGUCGAGCAGGGUUGCGGAAAUUCAAACGAAUUGUGAUCCAUCGACAUGGAGACACAUACCAAGUGAGCACAAUGUAGCCGAUGAUUUAUCGAGAGGCAUUCCAGUGAAAGAACUAGAACACCGUUGGAAGAAUGGCCCAAAGUUCCUGAAUCAACCCAAAGAAGAAUGGCCUGAACAACCAGCUAUGCCAAUCGAUCCCGCGGAACUCGACAAAGAACGUCGAAAUACACAAGCAGCCUUUUCCUUAAGCACCGUACCGACAGUAAUUGUCCCAACGAAAUUUUCGAAGUGGAAGAGAUUGGUGAGAGUGACGGCGUGGAUCUUACGAUACAUACGAAAUCUACGAUUAAAAACGAAACCCGAAGAUAA